GCAGCUCGGUGCGCGGUUCAUGUCCAGCCGGGAGAGGCGUGCAUCUACAAAGAGAAACUGUGGGACAUUAUUUCUUAGGUGAUUUUACAGAAACCCGGCACACAAAAAAAAACCCUUCGUCUUGUGGCAUCAUGGGCAAGGUGCAGGGUGGGAUGAAAUGCGUGAAAUAUCUGUUAUUCGUCUUCAACUUCAUAUUCUGGCUGUCGGGUUCCUUGGUGCUGGCAGUGGGACUGUGGCUGAGGUUUGACCCAGACACAGUCAAGCUCCUGGGGGGUGACGGCGCCCCUGAGACCUUCUUCAUAGCUGUGUACAUCCUUAUUGGUGCAGGAGGGCUCAUGAUGCUGGUGGGGUUCUUUGGUUGCUUUGGGGCAGUGCGCGAGUCUCAGUGUCUUCUUGCAUCGUUCUUUGCUUGCCUUCUGAUAAUCUUCGGUGCAGAAAUUGCAGCUGGUGUGUUUGGAUUCAUAAACAAGGAACAGAUUGUUGAGGAAGUCCAGAAGUUUUAUAGUAGCUCCACUGCUGAAGGCUCCAGUUCCAACAGCACCGCAAUAGCGACCAUUUACCAUACUGUUCUGAACUGCUGUGGAGGAUCCACACCAAACCCUGCUCUGUGCCCUGAGCUUCCUGAGGAGACCAAGGACUGCCUGACUGCAAUAACAGACUUUUUCAAUGAAAAGCUGCAUAUCAUCGGAUAUGUUGGGAUUGGGAUUGCAGGGGUAAUGAUCAUUGGAAUGAUCUUCAGUAUGGUCCUGUGUUGUGCAAUCAGGAACAGCAGGGAGGUCAUAUAGACAGUGAGUUGACCCCACCUCCCACCCUCUACAAGCCAGCCCUCUGGAGGCUCACUGAACCCCUCAUAAUCAACCCAUCUGCACAGGAAGGGGCAAGACCACGGACAUCUUAAUGUCAUUUAUGCAAGUUCAGGGUAAUUUGGUGGGGAGGUUCACUGAAUAUCACAACAAGAGCACAAUACACCCAAACUGUCCCAGUAUCAAGGGCCAAACAACACGAUACGCUGGACCACCAUCUUGUACACCCUCUCCUCAACUCCACCAGCACUCAAACACAUUCCUCUCUCUGUUCUUCUCCAUAACACUCGCUCUGCAUUUGGUACUACUCUGUGACAUUCCUCAAUUUUAGCAUCCUCUUGUUACACUGCUGGCAUUCCACAGAGCCUACAGCACUGUAGCCCUAACACGGCAUACGAAGCCCUCUUUGACACAGGAAUGUUACAACUGAGGAGUAUUGCUGUAAAUAUGGACACAUAUUUUAUGUAUCUGCUGUUCAUUAACAUUAUUUAUUCAGUGUCCUUUAUAUUCCUUCUUUUUAUGUAAUUUCAAAGACCUAAUGCCAAUCAUAAGUUGUAUGCUUAAAUGUUUUGAGGACUAGCCUACCUUUGCAGCAUCAGUUUCAUUAUGUGCCUAUAUAGUCACACCCAGACAAGCCUCCAGCUCUUGUACCCAUUAUCUAUUCAUUGUGAUUUCAACAUGUCCAUAACUACUGUGCUCACUGCCUGCCUUCUGAAGUAUUUCUACUUUAAAGCACAGUAAAGGAAGUGUAGACAUGGUAUCAAGUCAAAGGGUUGGGAACAGUCUAAUGACAAACUGCCACUCUGUAAAUCUUCAAGUUGAUCUAAAUGACGGAGAACUUACACAAUGUCCUACUCAAGCUCUAUUGGAGCAUGUGUGAACUGUUAACAGUGAGCUAGUUUGCAUUUUGUGUGAAUUAUCAUAGAUGUAAAUUUUGUUGUUGUGCCAAUACGAUGUGAAUUAUAGAAUAAUGUAGUUGUAUAACACAGUUAACCACAAUAAAAAAAAAAUACAUAUA